GCCACUUGUUAUUUCACACCUUGGCCGCUUCAAACGCAGCCUGUAGGCGCCGUGAAUAGACCGUGUUCUUCUUCUCUGCUGCACCGGUGUGUCUUUCUCUAUUUGCAUUUUUUCCUCCUCUCGCCGGGGAAACAACAGUUUCCUACAGCUGUGGGGAAUCAUGACAACGGCGAAGGAAGGCAAUGCACCGUCGAAAGCGGCUCAACAGCAAGACCAGGAGCUGGUGGGCAGUAACCCUCCGCAGAGGAACUGGAAGGGAAUAGCGAUCGCCCUUCUUGUCAUUCUGGUCAUCUGCUCGCUGAUCGUCACCUCCGUCAUCCUGUUGACACCAGGUGAGGAUGACGGUCUGGCUCUCAAGGGCAAGGUGACUGUUGCAGACCUCUUCAGAAAAGACUUCAAGGUUCACGACCCGAAUGCCAAAUGGAUAAGCAGUGAUGAGCUGUUAUACCGCAAUCGUGAUGGCGACGUCAUCAAGUUCAACGUCGACACUAAUGAAAAGACCAUCUUGGUGCAUAACAAGAAGUUUGAAAUGUACAAAGCCAGCAAGUAUGAGGUGUCUCCUGACAUGAAGCAUGUGCUGCUGGCCUACAACGUUGCACCGGUGUACCAGCAUUCAUACACGGCCUUCUACAUCAUCUGCAGUCUGGAUACUCCGGCAACGUGGAACUUAAACCCUCCGGAGGUGCGAAAUGCUCAGCUGCAGUACGCAGGCUGGGGACCCCAAGACCAGCAACUGAUCUUCAUUUUUGAGAACAACAUCUACUAUCGCUCCAGGGUGGAUAAUCGCUCCAUUCGUCUGGUGUCUACCGGCAAGGAGGGCGUCAUCUUUAAUGGGCUCAGCGAUUGGCUGUAUGAAGAGGAAAUUUUCCAGUCCCAUAUUGCCCAUUGGUGGUCUCCAGAUGGUGCCAGGUUAGCGUACGCCACCAUCAAUGACACCCUGGUGCCCAGGAUGGAGCUGCCCAUGUUUACAGGCACACCCUACCCUAUGGGGAAGGAGUACCACUACCCAAAGGCUGGUGAAGAGAACCCAGUUAUCACUCUGUAUGUUGUGAACCUUAAUGGCCCUCUUCACACCAUCGAGAUGAGGAGACCUGAUGAUCCCAGGAUGGGUGAGUACUAUGUGACCAUGGUGAAAUGGGCCACCACCACCAAACUGGCCAUCAACUGGCUGAACAGAGCCCAGAACAUCUCUAUACUGACACUAUGUGAGGCCACGACCGGGGUCUGCACAAAGAAACAUGAGGAUGAAAGUGAAGGAUGGCUGCACAGACAGAAUGAGAAACCUCUGUUUUCUAAGGAUGGCCUGAAGCUGUUUUUCACCCGCGCCAUUCCUCAAGGAGGCAGGGGCAAAUUUUUCCACAUCUCCAUGUCCAUCUCCCAGCCCAACACCAGUACAGACACACUGCAGUCCAUCACAUCUGGAGACUGGGAUGUCACCCAAGUCCUGGCCUAUAAUGAGGACAGCCAAUUGAUAUAUUUCUUAAGCACGGAGGAUGGGCCAAAGCGAAGACAUUUGUACAGUGCGGACACUUUUGGCUCGUUCAACCGUCGCUGUCUGUCGUGCGCCUUGUCCAACAGCUGUGACUACAUCAGCGGCUCCUUUAGCCACAACAUGAGUCAUUUCCUGCUUAACUGCCAAGGACGGGACAUCCCAUUUGUAGCUGUUUACAAGACACAGAGAGACGCGGAAAGUGAGACGCAGGACAGAGAGAGUAUUGCAGAAGUACACAAACUGGAGAUCAAUGAGAACCUGAGGCUGACCCUGGACUCCAUGCAGAUGCCUAAAGUGGAGUACAAGGAGAUCAACAUGGACGAUUACACCUUGUCGAUGCAGAUCCUCAAACCUGCCGGCUUCCAGGACACAGCACACUACCCUCUGCUCCUGCUCGUCGACGGGACACCUGGUGGCCAGAUGGUGGCGGAGCAGUUUCACAUGGACUGGGCCACGGUGCUGGUGAGCAGCUUCGGUGCCAUCGUGGUGCGCUGUGACGGCCGAGGCAGCGGCUUCCAGGGCACCAACCUGCUGCAUCGGAUCCAGAAGAAACUGGGCGUGUACGAAGAACAGGAUCAGAAGGAUGCACUGAAUUUUCUUUUGAAAGAGCCCUAUGUUGACAAAACAAGAGUCGGAGCCUUUGGAAAGGUGUAUGGAGGCUACGUCACCAGCCUGUUGGUGAGCGGUGAGGAAUCCCCUGUAAAGUGUGGCGCUGUCCUAUCACCGAUCACCGACUUUGAAUUAUACGCCUCUGCAUUUUCAGAGAGAUAUCUUGGACUGCCUAAACCCGAUCCAAGGGCAUACACAAUGGCAAAUUUAGCACACAGAGCAUCCCAAUUCAUGGAUAAGAAGUUUCUCAUUAUUCAUCCAACAGCUGAUGAAAAGGUCCAUUUCCAACAUACAGCAAAAUUCAUCGCCCAGCUCAUCAAUGAGAAGGCCAACUAUACCUUACAGAUCUACCCAGAUGAAGGCCACUUCAUUCACAGCGAAGCAACAAGGCAGCACCUCAGCCAGUCUCUGGUGAACUUCUUCGAGGAAUGCUUCAGGCUACCGGAGCGGGUGUUCGAGGAGGCCCUGGAGGAGGAGAGCGAAGAUGAGGGUUAGCUUGGCCUCUAGUGGCUUGUGUGCCCUGAAAUCCUUCCCACCCAUAUGUUCGCCUACCUUAUCU